AUGGAAUCAUGUAUUUGUGAUGAUGAAGCAACGAAAUGGAGACGGUGUACAGAGCAAAACUUGGGUGACCUCAAUCUGGAAAAGAAGUGUACUGUUGAACUCGCGGCGUUUGAUCAGUGCAUUGUAUCUUGGCGCCUUAACGGUGCCAAGGACGUGAAGAUAAAGGGCACAAAUGAGGGUGAGCCACCACCACAAUGUGCUGGUCUCUCUUGUCUAAUUGGACGUUGCCUUCAACAAACCAACUACGACUUUUCUAGAUGCAAGGUUCAUAUGCAGCAUUUCAAGCACUGCGUAAGAAGUUUUUACGGUUCAGAGUACAUUGUGUAG